UUGCUAAAGCCGCUGCAGGAAUGAGUGAGGAUCAGUUUGACGUGGUUGUGGUCGGCGCGGGCCUGUCCGGACUCAGCGCGGCUCGCAGGCUGCAGAAGAGAAACCCGCAGCUCAGCGUCUUAAUUCUGGAGGCCAGAGACCGUGUCGGAGGACGAACUGUAAGUAAAGCCCUGCCAGCUGCGAAUGGCGUUGACCGGUGGGACAUGGGGGGACAGUGGGUGUCCAGCUCGCAGACCCAUGUCAUGGAGCUUAUCCGAGAGCUUGGUCUGGAGGUCUUUCCACAAUACACCGAGGGCAAGAAGGUGCAUCACGUGGGUGGUCCGCAUGCCAAAAUCAAAAUGUACACCACUAGCAUGCCGUCAUACUCCCCGCUCACCCUGCUGGACUUCUCCCAAUUUCUGCGGCGGAUUGACCAUCUUACUCAGACCAUAUCAGUUGAAGACCCGAUGAGUUCUCCUAAUGCUGAACUCUAUGAUGGCAUGACACUUCACACCUUCAUGGAAAAACAUAUCUGGACCACACAGGUAAAAGAGGAGCUGGCCCUGUGUAGCCGUAUUGUGUUCGGCUUGGAAGCAUCUCAGGUCUCCUUCCUGUUCUUUCUGAUGUACUCCGCUGCAGCAGGGGGCACCCUACGACUCUUGGAGACCACACCUGGCUCGGGUCAGGAGUUCAGGGUCAAGGGGGGCACUCAGCAGCUGUCAGAGAAGCUGGUGGAGCAGAUCGGCGAAGAACGGGUUCGGCUGGGCGCCGCCGUAACGACCAUAUGUCAGAGUUCAGAGAACAUAAAAGUUACGACUUCGGCAGGCAAAGUCACUUGUAAAGCUGUCAUUGUUGCAUGUCCUUCUCACUUGGCAGCCCAGAUCCGUUAUGAGCCUGCCCUGCCGACUGAGCGCCAGCGCCUCACCCAGUGCCUGCCUAUCGGCCACAUGAUGAAGUUUAUUGUCACGUACCCCACUGCAUUUUGGAAGGAAAAGGGUUUCUCAGGGGAAAUUGUGGCACGUCCCUCUGAGGACUGCCCUUUAAGCGUCACAUUUGAUGCCACCAGCCCCAGAGGCAAUCCUGCGCUGGUGGGGUUCAUCACUGGAGUACAGGCCUGUGACUGGUGCGACAGAAAGAUGGAGGAGAGAAGAGAUGCUGUGAUCUCCAGCCUGGUGAAGUACCUUGGUCCGGAGGCGUCCAACUACAUUCACUAUGAAGAAAAGGACUGGGCAAAAGAGGAGUGGAGUGGAGGCUGUCCUGUGAAUGUAAUGACCCCUGGGAUGCUAACGUAUUACCACCCAAGUCUUCGAAAGCCUUUCGGAAGGAUUCAUUGGGCAGGCACAGAGACGGCCACCCAAUGGUGUGGAUACAUUAAUGGGGCAAUUCAGGCCGGUCACCGGGCGGCUAUGGAGGUCCUGGCUCAGUUGUGUCCUUCUUCUCUGUCUCGGGAGGAACUGGAUGCAGUGCGAGUCCUCAAACACAGUGACCCAAGAAAGGAUUCAGAGUGCAAGUCAUCUAAGUGUUACUACCUCUUCGGCGUGGUAAUGACAGCAGCUGCUCUGGUGACCGCCUACCUGCUGGCCAAAUCACAACUGGGAUUUGAAUGAAUUUAAAGGGAUUGAUGGCAGCAUUUUGUGCCUUGAAAUACGCAACUAAAAUAACAGUAAUUUACAGAUUCAUGUCAACUUGUUCUAUUUUACUUUACGUAACAUGUAUUUACUUACAACGCAUUUCUGAAUGAAACAUUAUUUUCAAAGAAAAAACAGAGUAGGAUUUGAUUGGAUAAUGGAAAGUUGCAUACCAGAAUAGAGCAGAUGGUUGGUGGGAAGGUGUUGAGAAAUAAGAGGGCUUGGAGAUGUCAGCCAAAAAUAAAAGAAGCAUUUGAGAUGCAUAGCAAGUUUGUGCUGAAAGUUCACCCAGACAUUUUUGUGUGCAUGCAAAGGAAAUGUGAAUUAUUAAAGUAUAAACUCGUUGUAUCUUGUACUUAAUAAUGAAGCUGACUUGGGAAAUUUCCAUAUUUGAUUUUAUAAUUUGCUUUUGGUGCCUCAUAUAAUUGCAACUAUGUGUUAUGUGAAGUGAGUAUGAAACAUCAAAGCACAGAAGUGAAGCAAACAUACAGUGAGCUACGUGAAGUUUUUUUUGUCAAGCACAAGUGCCACUCUUCCUUUCAACUCCAUGAGAAUCUCUAUUGUUUUUAGGAAAAUAGCACGUUGGACACUCAAGAUGGUCAAGGCCUCUUUGAACAUGUCAAAUGAGUUUACUGGCUCUCAUUGUGCCACAUCAUUUUAGUUAAUAAUAAUAUAUGGUCAGUGAAAAUGUGAUAAAACUAUAAUAAGCCAAACUGCAACCAGACAGUUUCAAAAACAUGUAUAAACAUUAUUAAAUGUUAACAUAUACAAUAUCACAGAAACAAUAUCAUUACACAAUAUCAACAAACAUGUCUUGAAACAAAUAUUCACUUUGUAUACUUGCCUACAAUAUACAUUAUUACAUUAGAUGGUACUGCAUGUGCUUUACAGACUGCUUAUUGUUAACUGUUAGUUUUGUUCAUAUUCACCUGUGUUUGUUAACUUUGUUGCAAAUUAUAAGCUGCAUCUAAUAUUACAUUUAUGCUGUAACAUUUGUGACAGUAUGUUUGAAAAUGCACUACGUUAGCCAGUGAAUACAUUUAUAACCUGUUAGUGAUGUAUUUUUUUGUGGUACAGUAUUUGUAAUUAAUGCUAAAUAAUCGAGCACGAAGAAUCCAUAUCCAUUUAUAUGUAAUAACUGCACAAUAAAGCAAUGUGUUUUUGAUUUUUCUUUUUCCAAAAAAACAAACAAAAAAAAACAUUUAGCAUCGAUAAUAGCUUACAGUGUCAUUUUUUUCUUAUAUUUUCAUCAAUGGUAUGUUUAAAAUAAAAUCAUUAAAUCAU